AUGUCUCGCUCCUCCUCCCACUCCUCCGUCUGCUCCGUCAGUUCCGCAUCUUCCUGCUCCGUGUGGUCUUCCUCCUCUUCUUUAUCCCCGCCUUACUACUCCCCAGAAAUCCCUUCCGAGCCCUACAACCUGAUUCUUUCCCCUAGAGCUGCCGAAGACCUUCGUACUCCACAAUCCUCGCUAAAGCUUCGAAUCCGAUGGCAGCAACGAUUACGGCGGUUUCUCCGCAACCUCUGUUGUUUCAGCCAUCCACGCACUGAGGUGGACUGA